AUGUCUUCACCAAACGUUCUCUCAAACAAAGACGUCAAUAUCUCAGCUAUGAAUCAAGCCAACAGUGUAGUUGAUGAGAAGAAGACACCAAUUGGUGCUGACCCUCAUUCUAUGGAGUAUCAUCGUCAAGUUUUGCAGAACAAGAUGCAACAGAACGGGGGUCAAGAGGAGAAAUACAUCUCCCCAUCGGAUACCAUCCAAUCACCAACUACUGCCAAAUUAUCGGCUUAUCGCAACAAACAAGUUGGAAAGAAUACUAAACCUCGCUCUCUCUUCGCAAAAACCUCUGCCAAAAAACUUGCCGCAAAUGGUCCACUUUUCGGCAAAGACAUCUCAAGCCCAAAACAAACCACAAACGAUAAUGCCGGCGACGCUAUGCAAGAAUAG